AUGGCCGGAUCUACUGCUGGCUACGGCCAGAUUAUCGAAUACAUUCAAGAUAAACUGUACCUCGCCUCCUACGACCACACUCCCGACGCCAAAACUCCUUUCCCAUACCCGGCCGAGCAACCGAAAUCCCCCAGCAAGCGCCGAGCGCAAGCCUCUCCGAGCAAGAAGCGCAGUCCCGUUUAUUUCACGGUCGAUGAUACCCUUCUGUAUAACUCGUUUCAUGCGGAUUUUGGGCCCCUCCACAUCGGUCAUCUGUACCGCUUUGCCGUCCACUUCCAUGACCUCCUUGCCGCGAACAAUGACCGCGCCAUUGUUUUCUACUCACGGACUGACGCUCGCAGCCGUGCUAAUGCGGCUUGUCUUGUCGCUUGUUACAUGGUCCUGAUCCAAUCGUGGCCGCCGCAUCUUGCGCUCGCUCCGAUUGCGCAGGCGGACCCUCCGUACAUGCCUUUCCGAGAUGCCGGAUACAGUCAAGCAGACUUUAUUCUCAACAUCCAGGAUGUUGUAUAUGGUGUUUGGAAGGCCAAGGAGCAGGGAGUGUGCGGCUUGAGAGAUUUCAGUCUUGAAGAGUACGAGAAGUUUGAACGAGUCGACAUGGGAGACUUCAACUGGAUCAGCCCUCAUUUCCUCGCUUUUGCCUCCCCACAGCACCAGCCGGUUGCGCCAAUCCCUCGGGAUAGCCCCGAGUACGCCGCCCUGCCUUCCACAGUGUCCGAAGUUAGAUCCUCUCGACUGCCUCUUCCUUUUAAGAAUGUCUUGGAACAUUUCGCAACCCGCGGUGUUGGACUGGUUGUACGACUGAACUCUGAACUUUACUCGCCCUCAUAUUUCACUGCGCUUGGCAUUUCUCAUAUUGAUAUGAUCUUCGAGGACGGUACCUGCCCUCCCCUGCCGCUGGUGAAGAAAUUCAUCAGGAUGGCUCACGAGAUGAUCAAUGUCAAGCACAAAGCUAUUGCUGUGCACUGUAAGGCCGGGCUCGGACGAACAGGGUGCCUGAUCGGUGCUUACCUGAUUUACCGAUAUGGAUUCACUGCAAAUGAGGUUAUUGCUUUUAUGCGCUUCAUGCGUCCUGGAAUGGUCGUUGGCCCCCAGCAGCACUGGCUCCACCUUAACCAGGGAUCGUUCCGCGAGUGGUGGUUUGAGGACUGUAUGAAGGAGAAGCUCGCCCAGAUGCAGCCGAACCCGGUCACCCCUGGCCGAUCUCCCGCCAAACACCGCGCCGCUGCAGUGACUACCCCUCCGCAGAAUGGCCACUCGAAGCGAUCUGCACUCGGAGAGAUUGACAACAACGAAGCUACUCCAAUUUACGAUGAUAACCUACCGGCUCCAACUCCAGGGCAGCCUCGGAAGUCGCACAGGAAAGACUCUCGACACCACCCCUACUCUCGGACCGCAUCCGGAAGCCUCGUUGUGGAUAAGGAUACGAGGAAGACCAGGCGAAGCACUGAUAGUAGUGAGAGUGAAGAGGAGACACAACUGCGGAUGCUCGCCAAGCAGCGUUCAUCAAAAUCACCAGCUGCAUCACCGGGCCAGCGCUCCAUCAGCUACUCGGCCACGGUCACGGCUAGCUACACUCUGAACGACGAUAUUCAUGAGGAUAGGGAAAAUUGGGGCGGUGCUGCACAACCACCCAAAACACCAGUAACUAGCAAAACCUCCGGCGCUGUUUCCGUUAGCAAGGUUCGGUCUAGUUCCCGCCGAGUGACUGGCGAGUCCAAGGGCGUUCGCAAGCCCAGUGGCCGGAUCGGCAGUACAGGAAGUCCUGUCCGUGUAAAGGCCCAAGCAUGAUCUGAAUUUUCACCGAGUGCUGAGCACUUUUUUCUUUGGGUACUUCGAUACUCUGCCAUCUUCUUGUUACCUACUCUUUUAAAACCAUUAGCCCGUCAGAUGUCAUGUCUCGUUCUUUGCCCUAUCACGCUAUUGUCCGUGUGUGAGGAUGACAUUGCAUUGCA